AUGACUGUAGGAUCUCCAUACUCAAGGGGCAGAGACAUCGAGCCAAUUGUGGAGACUGAGCAGAAGAAGCCCUUUGACAGGGCACUGACCAAGGGAGCCAGUGUGAUGUCAACCUCCCAAAACCCUCAUGUGAGUCUGAGGAGUUUCAAGUCUCUGGGAUCCAAUAGAAGCCUCCCCAUGCCCAGAAUUUCUGCUGUGCAGGUCACAGGAGACUCAUGCGUGGCUACGCAGGAAGACACCAAAAACAAGACUCAGGAUCCAACAACUGGAGUUCUCCUGCAAGACUUUGCCACUGGUGAGGUCCUUCAACACACCUCCUUAAAUACGUCCUUCAUGGAAGACAUCCUGGCUUCUCACAAGAGUCCAUCCAGCUCCCAAGGAGUGCUUGCUAGUAGUGAAUCAGCUUCCCGAGGGAAAUUCGACCUCCUAAGGAAGGACAGGAUGAGCCAGGAAGAAAAAGACCCCAGGGUCUCAAAACUGGAGGAUCCGGAGAACAUGAAGAGCAGCAAGUUUUGUCCACCUGAGUGUGGAGAGGGCUUUGCGAGCCCCAGGAGAUGGAUCACUAGGAGCCCAUCACCUUCCCGAGGCAUUUGUGGCCUCCUAGUGAAUGACAGGAUGAGCCAGGAACAAAUGGAUCCCAGGAUGCCCAGGCCCCAGGAGCCGAGAGUUACCAAGUGCAACAUGUUUGUUCCACCUGAGAAGAGACACAGCUUUGAGAGGCUCAAGCCGGGAGGGAAGACAGACAGAUUUGCAGGAGGGAAGGGAAUAGGAGGGCUGAUUCCCUCUUCUCAGGUCCGGGAAGCAAGAGACCCCAUGGGGAGCAAGUCCCUGCUCCUGGCAGAGAAGAAACCAGCACCUUCCAAAAGCUCCACUUUGACCAGAGUAACAAAAUUUGGGCAACGCAUGCUGCAUAACAAAGACCGAGCAGAGGCAGAGUCCCUGCAGACAGUCCAGGCCCCAGCACCUGCUACUGAAACUCAAGGGUCAGGUGCAAGCAGCAGACUCUCUAUGAACAGUGGGAGUGCUGAAGCACAGGUGCUCGUUAGGACUGUUGGACAGAUCGUAGAGGAAAAAGUGAGACUACAAAAUGUGGUUUCUGCCUCCAAAGAAACCUUGAGGAAAGGGGAACCCCAGGGCAAUAGCUGUUCCUCCUCUGAAAACAAUGCUUCCUUCUCACAGCAAAACAGAAAGAUGAGCAUCAUGGGCUGUGGUCAGCAGGCCAGGCCUGAGUCCCACAGUCAUCUUAUGACUACAGGAUUCAACACAGACAGGGCAAGCAAUCCUGCCGUCCCACCAUGGGAGCCUGGGCUCGAAAUCGGUCACCUCCACCACAGGCCCAUGGGGCCUGGAGCCUCUGACAACCCCGUUCUCGGCCCUAGGUCCUGUGUUCUUCAGAAAAGUGUAUUCCUCGGUCAGGCAUACAGUGCUUCUCACAACUCUCUUGGGGGAAAGUCCUUGCUGAGCAAACCUGUUCUG